AAAUAAGAGAGGAGAGACACAAACAGAAGCAGGCUAAAAACCGAGUCAGACUCUGGAGCAUGGAGUUAAAGCAGGUGGUCCAGAGUCAGUGCAGAUGUGCUCUGCAAGUGAGCGGAGUGUGUUGAUUGGAUAAAGAGUGUGAGCAGCCGCUAAAAUAGAUGAGAUGCUCCAAUGCAAAUCUGUAGAUGUCAUUUACACUUUUGAGCUUCGCUUCUUUGGCUGAUACAGAAUGCUGAGAAGAGGAUGAAUCCUUCAGGUCAUCCGAGACAUCCACGUGUCUUUGCUGCUGUCCCUCCCCGACAGCCCUCUCGUCCCAGCGGGUAACCAUCUGCCUCUCCACGAUCCCUCGCUCGCUGCCCGGGUGCUUCCCCCCUCCCCUGCCCCCACUAGUGUCCAUCCCAGAGGAAAGGAAAGGCGAGCCAGCCGCUGUAAAUAUGCCUGGAUGGAGGUCUCAGUGGCGUCUCGUCCUGCUGAACUCCCUGACCUGUGGCCUGGAGAUCUGUGUGGCAGCUGGGAUCACAUACGUGCCCCCCCUGCUGCUGGAGGCGGGCGUGGAGGAGCGCUACAUGACCAUGGUGUUAGGUAUUGGUCCAGUGCUCGGCCUGCUGUUCAUCCCUCUCAUUGGCUCAGCCAGUGACCAGUGCAACAGCAGUUAUGGAAGGCGGCGGCCGUUCAUCUGGCUGCUGUCUUUAGGAGUUCUUCUGGCACUUUUCAUCAUUCCCAACGCCGACUUACUGGCUGCACGCUUUGCCUGGGGCGGGCGCACCCUCCAGGUGGGCUUCCUUAUCCUCGGGGUUGGGCUUCUUGACUUCUGUGGACAGGUGUGCUUCACACCACUAGAGGCUCUCCUGUCGGACCUUUACAAGGACGAGGAGGACUGCGGGCAGGCCUUUGCCAUGUUCUCCUUCAUGGUCAGCUUGGGAGGCUGUGUGGGAUAUUUGCUCCCCUCACUGGACUGGAGUAGUGGUCUGCUCUCUGUUUACCUAGGAGGCCAGGCCGAGUGCCUCUUUUCCAUCCUCAUCAUCAUCUUCGUCACCAGUGUGCUCAUCACCAUGAAGGUGUCUGAGGAACCCUCGUGUCCCAGCAGCGUCUUGGCGGGACCUGGAUCUCUGCUGGAGGCGGGGCCCGGUACGAUAGAGGGGGCCCGGUGCGGGGUGCCGCGCUCCUGCUGCUACCUGCUGAAGUGCAAGCUGAGGCUCCUGAAGUCCGGCCCCCUGCUGUGCCUGCUGAGGACCUGCUGGACCAUGACCCCCGCCAUCUACAGGAGCUACUGCCACGUCCCGCGGGUGAUGCGGCAGCUGUGUGUGGCUCAGCUCUGCAGCUGGAUGGCCGUCAUGUCUUUUAUGCUUUUCUACACAGACUUUGUGGGGGAAGGCCUGUACGAGGGCGUGCCCAGCGCAUCACCGGGAAGCGUGUCCAAGCAACGAUACGAUGAAGGUAUCCGUAUGGGCAGCCUGGGCCUGUUCCUGCAGUGUGCUACCUCAACCUUCUUCUCCCUGGUCAUGAGUCGCUUGGUUCGACACUUUGGCUCUCGGUGGGUCUACAUGAGCAGCAUGGUGACCUUCACCUUCUCUGCUUUGGUCAUCUGCCUGUCCAAAAGUGUGGUCUUGGUCACUGUAAUGGCUUCCCUCACUGGAUAUGCGUACGCCACACUGCAGACUCUGCCCUACACGCUCACCUGCCACUACCACAAGGAGAAAGAGAUCUAUAUGCCAAAAAGGAAAACCAAAAGCGUGCAUAUAAAUGGUAUUCCACCCAAGCGGGACUAUUCGCCUCCUGUGGAAGACGAGCUCCCUUUGUUCAACAAGGACAGUUAUGAGUACUACCCGGGUCCCCUGAAGCAGAACGGCUCGUCUCACAGCCCCGGUGGCACGGAACAGGAGGAGGUGGAGUCGGGGUUUGAGAAACGUGGCGUGGGUUUGGACUUUGCCAUCUUAGACAGCACCUUCCUCCUCUCUCAGGUUUUCCCCACCCUCUUCAUGGGCAUGAUCGUUCAGUUUGCGCAGUCCGUCACUGCCUACAUCGCCUGCUCCGCCAUUUUCGGUGCCAUCGCCAUCUAUUUGGGCAGUCAAAUCACCUUUGACCAAAAGGACCUUAAAAGCUGAGACUUGGAGGUAAAACGUGGGAGCAAUGGAAUCAUAAUAUAUCAAUCAUUCAGGUUCCAUGGGCGGGAACUCAACAAUGCACUACUGAUUCCAGAACGCCUUGAAAAGUGUUUGCUUUUAUGAAAAUAAGCUCUGCGUUCGGGAAGUGUGUGUCAGGUUAUAAAAGAGUGGUUACAAUAGACUUUUUAUCUGCCAAUGAAGUGCAGUUCCGUGUUAGAGCAGGUGUUGUUACCUGCUACCUGGAGAGUCAACACCAACUGUGUGCUCAGGUCAGGUGUGGUUCUCUAUGGACACAAAUUAAUUCUAAAGAAGUCUUUCUAAAAGAGUUUCUGACUAAUCGUCUUUUUCCUCAGGUACCACAAAUAGAUUUACUGUUGAUCUCAACCUCAGAUACUUCUGGUGUUUUUUUUAUUGUUCUGAUCCUGAACUAUCCACCAUUUUUUUUUUUUUAAAAGAGCAACCUGUUUGUCUCAUAUCACAUUUACCACUGUUUGCUUGCAUUUGUCUAUCAAGGAUGGAAAACAACGGGGGUACUCCAAUGAUUAAUUAUUGCCUACAUUUCCCUUAAUACAGCUAUAUACAGGGCUUCUGACUGUAUAUACGUUCAAGGUGUCGCUGCUGGAGUGAGGGCAGGACGUGUACAGUACUCGCUGGUUACAUGAUGCAUGAACAUGUAGGCUAUGUUUCUUCAAAUGUUAGGUAUUUUUCAAUUUUUCUGCUGCAAGCCAUUGCAUGCACCACAAACACUCUGGCACUUUAGCCAGUCCGUCUGAUUUGGUUAAUCUCAUUGAUAAAUACCAUGUUGUGCCAAAAGGGUAUCAAGAAGUGAGUUUGGAGCCCUGCUGAAUAAUCUUUUUUAUACCUUCCCUACCUAAGUGCCAUCAUCUUUAAACUCCAUGCCCUCACUUUAAUUUGCAGCUUUCCUUUUUAUCUUUUCAAUGUAAUUUAAGAUCAGGGUUUUUCUCUGGGACUUGACAAAGCUCCUCGAGUACGUCAUAAAACACUUUUACAGGCUGCAUAGUAUUCCCCAUUACAUGACUUGUAUGCAUACCUUUAAAAAAAUGCAGCUGUAAUCUGAUGUCCCCACUAUCUAGUGUCAUCUACUAAAUAAUAAACAGUUUCACUGUAAAUACUUUGUAUACAAACUUACUGUAUAUCCCUAUGGGAAUUUUGUUAUGCAACCUGUUGAGGUGAGGUUAUCGACUGGCGUUUUUUUAGAAAGAAGCUGUUUACUGGAACUGGAAACACUGCAUUAAACGUCCUCUGUCUAGAUAAUAAACAAAUCAUCUAGUCUAGCGGGCUGCUCAUCCUGUCCAACUAUGCUUCUGAUCAGGACAGUCGUCUCAGGUUAGUACAUGUUUGUUAGUAUCCCAUCCUGUCUUCAUGCCACUGAAAAUACGCUUUCCCUGCUGCUUAAACCUUUAUGUUUUACUGUUUUCUCAAAUGACAAUCUAGGACAUCCGGAUGGACUUGUUACAUAGUGCUGUAUGUAAACAUGUAGGGGGAUUUCUGAUGGAAGCUCACUUUAUAGCAACCAUUCCUUAAAGACCAAAAACAAUGAAAAUAACGCAGUAAAUAGCAAUAUUUGGUUACUGAGAAUGAUGCAAGAGAAAGCACUGUAUAUUGAAUCCAGAAGCUGAAGUGUCAGAAAAAAGGUUGUUUUACAAGUGCCUGUACAUUUUUCAAACAUUUUUUUUGUACAUAUGUAUUUAUUUAUUAUGCUUUUAAUAAAAAAUAGCGCAUAUUAAACUAUUGGCCUCUUUGGCAUCUUUCUGAGGUGCAGGGGCGAAAACGGUUUCUGUGAAAAAGAUAAAUGAUUUGUAUAGAUGUGGUAUAGAAGCAUCAUCAAACUAUAAUUUAUUUUAUCAUUACACAUUUGAUCUUGUUGCUUUGAUUACUUCACCAUCAUAUUGCAGAACUUGUCAGACAUGUCCCCCUGUGGUUGUUAUUCACAUGAAAACCUGAAUGGCUGAGAACCUUAUUCCUGACACACAACUGAAACGUUGCAUCUUUUUUUUUGUUGGUGCAAAUAAGAAACCAUCAUUUUGAUCAAUACUGCUUUAUCUAGGUCUUUAUAACCACUUCUUUCUUCUUAACUGAGAUCUGUAUUAUUGUUCAACAUAACAAAAACACUACAUUUAUCUUUAUGGGUGGAGCUGUUUUCUGUCUCUACUCUCAACCAAACGGUUUAAUUUCAUAUAAAGAAAGUGCCAAUGGUGUGACUAUGUUAAGGCCAGAAGUCAUUGUGUUUUGAUGUGAUUGAUCAGGUUUUUAUAAUACAACUAUUGUCAUACCAUUUCAGUCACAUGUGUGUUCAUAAAUGCAUUCAGCCAUAACACAAAGUUGUAUUACAUUUUAACGAUAUUUUCAGCAGAUUGUGUAUUACAGUUACCAAAUAGAUUUUAUACAAAAUAAAUGAACUGCAUUGUUAAUGA